UGUAAACAUACCUGAAGUUUCAAACAGAAAGAAGAGAGGAGAGAAAGACAGUUUUCAGGAUGGCGAUGGGGAAAAAAAUAUAAUUAACGGAUAUCAUUUCUUUAUUGUGCUUAUUUAAUAAAAUAGCGCCGAUUUCUUUGUAAAGGAAAAAGAGAUAGGACUUUUUUUUUACUCUAUAAAUAAGAUCAUCAGUAUUUAUUCCUAAUAAACUUCUCACGAUGGACUCGAACAGAAAGCAAAUGACGUUGCAGCUAAUGAUGGCCGUCGGGGCAGCAGUAAUCGGCUCCUUACAGUUCGGCUACAACACAGGAGUCAUUAAUGCACCUCAAGUGAUCAUCGAGGAAUUUUACAAUGAGACAUGGAAUGCUCGGUAUUCUGAACACAUCCCUCCAAACUCCCUCACGACUCUCUGGGCCGUUUCUGUCGCCAUCUUUUCUGUAGGAGGUAUCUUCGGCUCUUUCUCCGUAGGACUGUUUGUCAAUCGUCUGGGCAGGAGGAACUCGAUGCUUGUGGCUAAUAUCUUAGCAUUUGUAGCAGCUGCUUUAAUGGGCUUCUCUAAGCUGGCUGCAUCCUGGGAGAUGCUGAUCUUUGGUCGGCUUGUUGUGGGUCUUUACUCUGGUCUGUCUACAGGCUUUGUGCCCAUGUACGUAGGCGAAAUCGCUCCGACCGCUUUGCGUGGAGCAUUGGGCACUCUGCAUCAGUUGGGUAUUGUAAUAGGCAUCCUUAUGGCACAGGUCCUUGGAAUUGAGUCUAUUAUGGGAAAUGCAACAAUGUGGCCUUUCCUGCUGGGCUUCACCUUCAUCCCAGCCUUGAUUCAGUGUGCCCUGCUGCCUUUCUGUCCUGAAAGCCCUCGCUUCCUGCUCAUCAUCCAGAAUGAAGAGAACAAAGCCAAGACUGUUCUGAAGAAGCUUCGGGGCACUGAGGAUGUUGGCGAUGAUAUCCAGGAGAUGAAGGAGGAGAGCAGGCAGAUGAUGAGGGAGAAAAAAGUGACGAUCAUGGAAUUGUUCCGGUCUCCACUUUAUCGCCAGCCAAUUCUCGUCGCUAUCAUGUUGCAGCUGUCACAGCAGUUCUCUGGCAUCAACGCUGUAUUUUACUACUCUACUAGCAUUUUCACGAAAGCAGGAGUGGCUCAGCCGGUCUAUGCAACCAUUGGUGCUGGAGUCGUGAACACUGUAUUCACCGUAGUCUCUCUGUUUGUGGUGGAGCGAGCAGGACGAAGAUCUUUGCACCUCAUUGGGCUAAUGGGAAUGGCUGGGUCUGCUGUUUGCAUGACCAUUGCCAUGGCACUGACUGAACAAGUCCCGGCCCUUUCAUAUGUCAGCAUUGUCGCUAUCUUUGUUUUUGUGGCCUUCUUUGAGAUCGGACCUGGUCCAAUUCCAUGGUUCAUCGUGGCUGAACUUUUUAGUCAAGGCCCCCGACCUGCUGCUUUCGCUGUGGCCGGUUUCUGCAACUGGACUGCCAAUUUCAUAGUAGGAAUGGGCUUCCCGUAUGUGGAGCAACUGACAGGCCCGUAUGUCUUCAUCAUCUUCACCGUGUUGUUGCUCAUUUUCUUCAUCUUCACCUACUUCAAGGUGCCUGAGACUAAGGGCCGGACAUUUGAUGAGAUCGCAGCAGGGUUCCGGCAGAAUGCGGGCUCCGGUGCAGAGAAGUACGGCCCACAUGAACACAACAUUCUGGGCGCAGACUCGCAGCUUUAAGCUCUGCGUUUUCCUCCCACACUGCCUAAGUGGCGCUCUAUAAAGCUCUGAUAACAUACUGUAGAGUGUGCUGCAACACCCACUUUCAGAUAGAUGUGUUUGUCUAUCGACAAGAUAGGAAUCCUGUGACUGCCUCCUGUUUGUGUGUCUCUUUUUAUUUCUUAGAGCAACGAGAGUAGCAUCUUUGUCUGCCAUUUGUGAUUCUUUUAUUUUUUUUAACAAUUGCACUGUCACUGUGCGAUCACUGACCACUUGCAUUGCCUACUGACACAGAUGUACACAUUGGAUACUCAACUGCAUAACACUGUUGUUUAUUUAUACUAUUCCAUCUGUCUGAAUUUAUCUUGACUUUUUAAAAAUUCAUUUUAAAAAUUCAUUAAUGUGGGCUAAGACUGUGCCUAUUAAGAAGUUAGUUAUAGCAGUUCCAUCAUCACUACACUGUGCGCAAGCUUCAGAAUCUGAAUAUCAUUGAUGUGAUAUCAGUGAAAUUCAUCCAUUCUUCUGUUCAUCCCGAAUAAGCACUUUAUCAUGGUCAGGAUCAUGCUGGAUCCGAAGACUAUCACAGGAACGCUGGGUCUUGAGAAUAUGUUGAGAAUAGAUCUUGGAUAAGAAUCCUGUCUAUCACAAGGUAACAUCCACACACACACACACUCAUUCACAGCUGGGGUAAUUCACCUACCAGCAUGUUUUAGAAGAUGUUUUAGCUUUCUAUUCAUUCAUUCAUUCAUUCAUUUUCUACCACUUAUCCGAACUUCUCGGGUCAUGGGGAGCAUGUGCCCUCAGUCGUCAUCGGGCAUCAAGGCAAGAUACACCCUGGACGGAGUGCCAACCCAUCGCAGGGCACACACACACACACUCUCAUUCACUCACGCACUCUCAUUCACUCACGCAAUCACACACUACGGACAAUUUUCCAGAGAUGCCAAUCAACCUACCAUGCAUGUCUUUGGACCGGGGGAGGAAACCGGAGGACCCAGACGAAACCCCUGAGACACGGGGAGAACAUGCAAACUCCACACACAAGGCGGAGGCGGGAAUCGAACCCCCAACCCUGGAGGUGUGAGGCGAACGUGCUAACCACUAAGCCACUGUGCGCCCCGCUUUCUAUUAAUUUUUACUAAUAUUACUAAUUUGAGUUUUUAAAUUUAUUGGCAGAUAUAUUUUCUUGUUUCAAGAAAUAAAUGUAAGAAAUUAGUGAAAUUAUGAAUUUGACAAGAAAUGUCAAGACGUGGACUUGAUUUCAAUGGUUUAUUGAUUUAUUGUUCAGGACGUUUUUGGUGAAACAUUUCAUUUUGUCAGUGGAAUUUUAUGCAUUCUAAAAUUUUGUCAAUUUAUUCUAAUCCCUAAAAUGUCUGUAAGAUUUUAUAUUACAUGCGUGUAAAUUUAUAACACAAACUAUUGUCAUUUUAAUUACAUUGUCCUAACAGUAGCCUCAGGUGCAAUACUGAAUGAAUAAUAUUGGCACCAGCCUCCGUAAAAGAGAACCUUUGGAUUUGAUCCAUCAGUAGAACUAGUUUUGUUGUCAAACCAUUCCACCACAUUUACACAAGUUAAAACAGAAUGUACUUUGAAACCAGAUUUAUUCAUGAGGAGGCUGUUCAAAAACAUCUAUACUGGCUUAUACCAAAAAAUUGGGAUACUGAGUUUUAUGCUAUUUACUUUUUAAAACCCACUUCUCCCAUCUUUCAUGAAUUGAAUAAAGUCCAAACAUUUUUUUUCUCUGCUGCUGUCUAAAUGAGAAUAUUUCUCAAACAUUCUUUAACGUCUUUAACGACUACCACCCUCAGCUUCACCCAGUUGAUGAAUUUGCAUUUACUUAAGUUCAGUCCAGCAGAAAGAUACUGACUUUGACAUAGAAGCAAAGCUUAAUGAAUUUAUUUUGUGACAUUAUAUUUGAAAGCCCUCUGUACGUUUGGUAAAUCUUAUGACAAGGUUAAACCAUGGGUUCUGAAUGCUACAAAACUACACAUGCCACUGUGAAGCUGAAGUCACUCUCUCUUUGCUUUUCUUUGUUUUUUUUUUUUUUGUUUUUUUUUACUCAUUUGGACCAGGCACCUUUUGCUCCAUGUUUCUGUAGUCUGAGUUGAUUGUUUAGUUUCUAUUUCAUUUCUUUCUGCCAGACUUGUAUAUUUAGAAGAAUAACCCCACUUAACUGAUGUAAAAGUUCCACACAUUUAAUACACAAAUUAUAUCAUAUAUAUAUUUAUAUAUAUAUAUAUAAAUCUAUAACAUUAUAUAUAUACUUUUUUUAAUGUGCAUUUAUUACAUUUGAUAUCAUUGUUUAUUUAUUGCACAUUAGACCUCACUGUGUGUAAUAUGCAUCUAUAAAUGUUUAAGCACAACCUUGUGGUAUGUGUUUUCUUAUUUCAAUUAAAUAUUUCGUAUUUAUUUUUGGACAUUUUAUAUGCUUUGACUUUUACCCUUCCACAGUUUUAGGAUAUACUGCACAAACCAUUGAAGAUUCAGUACUGCUCAAACAGAGUGCUUAAAGAAAUUAGUAUUAACAAUAAAAAAGAAUCACAUUACAUGCUGUGUAUGUACAGAAUAUUGAAGGAUAUAGGAGCAGGUUUAUGAAGUUUAACAAUGUGCCUAUAUACAGAAAAGCAAUAAAAUAUGAGUUUUAAACAG